GUAGUUAGCGAGAGGACAACAACAUACUAGAUGUGUUUUCACUGAUUCUUGUUUGACAUUUUGUCUAUGGAGAACCCAGAUUUUCUCUUGUAGAAUAUUGUCCAACUCUGGCUGGUAUCUAAUGUUUGUGGAGCUUUCUCUGGACGCCUAGUUGUCUUGGCUCUGUGGAGAUAAAAAGGAAAAGGGUGGAUGUGGGAAACUGUGGUUGAACGUCCCAACCUGGACUGAAGUUGAGAUACUUCUGUCAAGCACAGGAUGAUUGCAUACGUAGACUGCCUCUCUACCGAACCAGCUGGGAAAUGCUGGAAUAGGACCUACUAUGAGGACGAAGAUGAACUUCUUCCUCUUUAUACUCGCAAACUACACCUCCAGCCCAAGACGGAGGGCAGCCUUCGCCGCAGACUCCUCACCUCCAAAAUACAUCAGCAGCAAGAUGCACUAUGGGCGCCAAAACCCUGGGCAGGACCACCAGCUCGAAAGGGCGUCCCACUGCAGGGCCACCCCAACUACACUUUCAGUCCAUCCUGCCAAGACUGGAAAGCGGUGUCCAGUCUAGAUGAGGAGAGCAAGUGGUCGGUGCACUACACAGCCCCCUGGCACCAACAGGAGAAUGUCUUCCUGCCAGGAUCCAGACCAGCCUGCGUUGAUGACCUUCACCAUCAGGCCAAAGUCAACCUGAAAACAGUCCUCAGAGAGUGUGACAAGCUCAGGAAAGAUGGAUUCCGCAGUUCCCAGUACUACUCCCAAAGCCCUGCCUUCUCUGCAACCAGCCUUUGUGAAAAUGUGCACCUGGAUGAGAAGACAGAGAAGAAAAAGAAGCGGUUUAAAGUACUAGACCGCCUAUCACAGUCUUGCCUCUCUCUCUGCUGUCAUUUGAGAUCUUGGAAAAGAAAGGCUUCAGAGUCGCCUAAUGAAGAGGAGAAGCUUGUGUACUCAAUGCCGCCUCAGACCCCUCUGCUGGAACAUGACAUGGACAUCCAGAGAAGCUGGACCAGCUGUUUGCCUUUGCCCACUCCUGAGGAGAAGAUGAAACUACAGGCCCAGUCGGUGGCCACUGAUAUCAUUCCCAUCAACAUUACAGGUGAGAACUUUGACCGUCAGGCCAGUUUCCGUCGCUCUGCAGCAAACACUGAUACCAUAAUACGAAGACCCAAGAGGGUGCAAAGAAGAAAGACAAUAACAGGAGUUCCUGACAACAUCCAGACUGAACUAGCAAAUAAAGAACAAGAUGACAGAAUUCACUCGAUGUGUAUGGCAGAUCAGUACUCCACCCUCAGUCGAGCAGGAAGCGUAAACUCCACCCUGAGACGCUUAGACACCCGUGACUCCAGUUGCCAAACAGAAGAGGUGAAGAUUGUUCCUCCCUCAGUACGCAGAAUCAGAGCACAGAGAGGCCACGGAAUUGCCGCCCAAAUGGCCAGCAUCUCCUCCUCAAGCAGCAUUUCCACCAUGAGUGAAUGUAAUGGUAUUAGUUACACUCAGCUUAAUGACAGUGAUCAGAGCUUUCACAGUUUGCCACGCCAAGGUUCUCACAUCUCGCAUCAACACUGUGAACCAAAGUACACCAGCUCCCCCUACAGGAUAAAUUCUGGCUCUACAAGCUCCUUGUCCUACCAGUUUGACAUGCAGCAUGGUUCUUCAUCGUCACUGCAUAUGCGCUCUGAUUCCAGAAGCAGUACAUUAAACAGCCCCAAACUUGCUGAAAAUCCAAAUUACCAAGGCUCUGAUCAAAAUAAUAGCCCAAGCUUGUUCAGUCUCAGUGGUGCACUACAGAACUCCAUUCUUUACGGACACAAAAGAACAGAGGAUAACCAGAUGCAGUCACCUCAUUCUUUAGCCCAGUUGCUUAGUACUGCUGAUGCCUCAUUGUCAGCUGUCUCCUCCUGCUACGAAUCCACAACCUCCCUCUGUACAGGCAUCCAUACAGAGACUGAGUCCCAGUGCAGCACACUUGAUGGCAGAAACUGCGGCAGUCGUAACUGUGUCCGCAGGGAUUCCAACUUCUCAGAGAGCAGCAAUCAAAGCUGCAGCACUCUAACCACUGACCAGUGGACAUAUGAAGUUUCUCCAAAGGACAAUGUCACCUCAAGUUGCUCCUCACCUGUCAGCCAUAUAUACAACAGUGAGGAACAUUCUCCCAGCAAGACGGACUCAAGCUCAUUGUUCUCUGUUGACAAUGAAGGCUACUACACCUCCAUGCGCAUGGACUCCGGUUUGAAGUCGCAUUGUCAUGACUCCAUCAGUAAAGCGGGAGAUGCAAGGCACAGUUUGUAUGAGUGCAAGGACCACCACAGUCAAGGGGAUCGCGCAAGUCUGCACAGCAACCGCUCCCUGACUCGCAGCAUUUCCCUGCGGAAAGCCAAGAAGCCCCCACUCCCUCCAGCGAGAACUGAUUCCUUAAGGCGCAAACCUCAGAGGAAGACUCACCACAAUGGUUCGGUCCUUAGUGAGCAGUUGAUCUCCAGUCUCCAGCAAUCCUUAGAGCUUAACCUAAAAACUUGCUCUGAACAGGCACCCUGCAGUGGGUUUGAAGACCCUUGGGUACUCCGACCCAGAAGCCAGAGCACCAUAAGUGCAGCAAGCAGUGGAAUGUCUGCAGCAGCUGCUGUUUGUCCGGUCACACCUACACACAGUGAUAGCAGCAGUCAGCGCUCAGACUAUGCAGAGUCCUGGGACUUCUACAUGGAUUACCAAGGUCCACGGUCUGACCAGGGUCUCUCCUCCCAAUUCACAAGAUCUGCUAGCACUGAGGAGAAUCAAGUAAUCAUGGGCAAUGCACCCUACAACAUCAGAUUCCCAUCGUCCCACUGCAACAGUAGUGGGAUUCAGUCAAAACUGGCCUCAUCACCUGACAAGGUUCAUCGCCUGACGUCACCAUCAAGUGGUUAUUCAAGUCAGUCCAACACUCCGACUGCAGGCACCCCAGUUACUUCUCUAAUAAGAGCAAAAUCUCCUGCAGGGAGGCUGAAACCAAAAGUGCCUGAAAGAAAGUCCUCCCUGCGGUCUUCUGUGUCUUCCUCCUCUACAUCCUUGUCCUCUAACACCUCAGAUUCCAUCAGAAACAUACCGCUACCUCCACCUCUACCUGACAUGACCAUUACAUCAUGUGAAUCACCCAGCCCCGCUUCUUGCUCUCCAACAGCAGCUAUGGUAGACUCAACCCCACCUCUUCCUUUUCUACCUGACUUAUCCUCUGACUUGGAAGAGAGACAUAAUUCACUUUCAGAUUCAUCCACAACAUCUGAAAAGUGUGACACUAUUGAUUUCCCCCCUCCCCCACCAGAGGUUUCUGAAUCUCUGUCAAGCAAUGAAGGUACAAAUGGUCCUCCACCUCCUUCACUUCUUCCUCCCAAACCUUCACUGUGCAUUCUAUCUCCUCCUCCUCCUCCUCCUCCACCUCCUCCACCAUUACUUGAGAUGAGUCUUCAAACAGCAGCCAUUUUGAACACAGAGAGUUGUCUGACAUUUAAGAAGGCUGUGGAAAUUGAAAAAGCACUUAACAUCAACCACACUGGAGAGCAAGAGAAGACUCAGAGACCAAUAAUCACUGCCCAAGCUCUUCAGAUGGUGCAGCUAAGACCUGUCAAGCUCAAGCAAAUAGAAGAUAUUUUUACAGCAGUCAGUUUUGAUGAUUUUGAUGACCAAGCACAUAACCAUUCUGAAACAAACUCAGGAACGUCCUUGGAAAGUGAAACUACAGAACAGACAUGGACUGCCAUCUGUGUUAGUCAGUCAGAAAAUGGUAUGGCUACAUCUGAACAUCAAUAUUUAGUUAACAGAUUUCUUCAGGCAUCAACUGGCUCUUUACCUCCUGGCACAGAUGAACAUGUCAGCAAUACUGGUCAGAAUGUUUUAGUGCAACUUUCUGAGACAUCUCCAGUUUUAUCUUCCCAUGAGCUUCUGCAAUGCACAAACUCCUCAGCUUCUUCUCAAAGUUCUCAGCUGAAACAGAAGCCUCCUAUAUCACCUAAGAAACCCAGUCUUUCCCUUAUUAUACCACCCAUUAUGCACCUACCUGUCUCUCAUGGACUCAAGCUUCAACAGGUUCAUGAAGCACAAGAAAUACUUGAGUCAGGGCAACUGAAUGGCACAUCCUCGACAAAUGCAGUUAAUUUGCAAGCAAUUCCUUUGGACCUUGAGGUUGAGGAAGAGAGUGACUCAGACUCUUCAACCCCUGUGGUGAAGAGCAGACUGUCUCUCAGCAGUGAGUUGUCAUCAAGCAGUCUGCAAGACCUGCAACUCUCUGAUCUCAUUCUUCAUGAGCAUGACCUCGGCCUGAAUGAUAAGGACUUUGGGCUCUGUGAUGAUAAAAGUACAUCAGAUGAUGGUUCAAGCAGCAGCUCGGGAUCCAUCAACUUUAAAGAGGACGAACACGAGGAAAAUGGUGCCGUGUUUGACUCGAGCACUGAAAGCGCAUCUAGCAUUAACGCUAACGGAGAGGCUGUGGGGCCGAUGGUGACGCCUGUUCGUCUCCGUACUACAGAGGACCUCUUUGCUGCCAUUCAUAGGUCAAAGAGGAAGGUCCUGGGCCGUGGCGACUCUGAAGAGGAAUGCUGCCGUAACUUCCUCCCUUCCCCACCUGUCACUCCAACAGGCUCUUGCCCCAGCCUAACUUCAUUGCCACGUCAGACCGGCUCCAUUCAGCGCAACCUGCGGCGCUCAUCCACGAGCAAUGACAGUUUUAAAGCUCUGCUUCUCAAGAAGGGCAGCCGCUCAGAGUCCGGCUUCCGCAUGUCAGCCACUGAGAUUCUCAAAUGCACAGACCCCCGUUUUCAGAGGGCUAAUUCAGAGCAUGCACAAUCUGACGGACUGUGCACCUCUCCAACAAGCAGCAGGAGAGCACAUGAAGAGUGGGCACGUACAGAGGGAGCCUUGCCCCGUCUUACCGCUGGACUAACAACCCUAAAAUAUGGGCGUUCACGCACACCACCUUCUGCAGCCAGCAGCCGGUACAACAGCCGUAGCCGCAUUCCCAGUGGGCCAAUGACUGCCAUAUGCGAAAAAGAAGGAGAGAUGGCCGAGUCUACAGACUGCUGCGUUAGCACUGAGAGUCAUUUUGCCCUGCCCAUAUCCUCCAGCAGCACAGUCUGCGCUCAAGGCAGCAAUUAGGGCUGUCAACUCAACCCUAACGGCUUGUAAAAGAUAGCUGUCCAUUCAAUAUGAAGACCGCAGAGGUCUAAACUCUGGCUGGAAGGCCAUGCUUGUGCUGGCCAAUGGAAGUCCCCAAGGAAUAAGGGAGACGAGGGAAUGGGGGAAGUACUGUAAACUGUAGCUUUGCUCUUUUACGUGAGUGAAAGUUUUAUCUUUCAUAAAACAUUAGUGUUCUAAAAAAAUGCGAAAAUAACAGAGGGUUACUGGUUGUGUUGAAUCGAAUGUUCUUAGCUUGCUGUAUGCAGGUUAAUAAGGAAAUGUAUGUUUCCUUCUUGGUGGUAAAUUGAGGGAUGAAUGAAUGGAAGCAGAAUGUCAUUGAGGGAUUUUGUUUCGAAUGGUCCAUGCUGAUGUGUUUCUGCCUCUGUGACAAUGGAAGCACCCGACCAAAGUGAGCACUUAAACUCUGAAUUCACAGAACCCACAUCCAGAUCACAUUCAUGGAAGAGGUGGUGUUAAUGAAGUAUUGGCAUUAUCAAGCAUGAUAAGUUUGAAGGGUGGCACAUGACUGUUACAGUGAAGUUGCUAAAGAAUGAGUGUGGAGAUGAAAUUGAGUUUUAAGAAGUGUUUAGAGACUGAUUUAAAAUAUGAAUAUUUUACGCACCUUUACAUUCAUUUCUUUUCAGUUGUGUCCAACAAUCUUCAGAGAUGGGACUCUAUCUAAACAGAAAGUUAUUCAGUUAAUGCAAGCCAAUUCAAACUAACUAAAUAGAAUUGUAUCUGUUUACAUUUAGACAAUAAUAAUAGUUCGCUAUACUUUAACAGUGUAAAUAAUCCAGUCUUUACAAAACAUUCUGUUUCAUUUAUAGAAACUGAAAGUGUCAGUUUAGGUCUCUUUAUUCUUCAAAAGCUGAGAAAUUCCUUGCCUUUGUCUGUCACACAUUUGCCCAAUAUGUCAAUUUGUAAAUUGUUAUAUUUCUUAUUUCAAAAGGGAGGUACUAUUUAGUCAAUUUACUAGUACUACGUGCACCUGAAUGUUCCUCUUCCCAUAGUACUGAACACCAGCAGAAUGGUCGUAGAGAAAUGGUAAAAGGCCUUGUGAGAUGCAAGUGUUUCUGUGAAAGAAAUAAAAUAUAGCAUUAAUCAUAAACAAUCACUUGUUUUCUGUGAAAUAUAUGCAUAUUAUUUCUGAUCUACUUUAUCAGAGUUUUAUAUUACAGCAGUGACACAGUAGGAUGACACACACUCCAUUGACGUCAUAUAGGUAAUCACAUCUGAUUGCCAUUAUCCUUGCUGAGAUUUACAGAGCACAGACAAGACCAAGUUCUUCACUGGCCAAAUAUAGGAC